CAUCGUUCAUCCUGUCUUCUCUCAAGUGGUCUCCGACCCCCAUCACAGCCGUUUGUGAACAGCUCGCCAAUUUUGUUACGCUCAUUUGAUUGAUUUUCUUAUUAUAUCCCUGCAUUCGUCGUUGUGGGGCCAUCGCGUCACCACCCUCGGGCCACACCAGCGCUGGACGCCGAACGCACGCAUACUGGCUUCGCUCAACCGCACCUUCCUGCUGAGGAUUAUUGAGCGCCUAGGUAUCGCCUACGCAAGGGCGUCGGGUCUAUUCACCCAUACAGGCUCCUAUUGAAGGCCUUCCUGAAUAUCAGGUCACGUGCGAACACAUCAGAUGUCGCAUCGCCUCGCUGCAUAGCGCCCUCAAUCUCGAGGCGACGGGUUUCUCGCCCAACUCAUGCGAUUAGGCGCGCCCGUUCGAGGACACACAUUGAACUUUGCCGGCGCCCUCUUCCCACCAAACAACGCGCCCAUUCUCCUUCUCAUCUUUAAAUUCUCAUAUGCCGCCACUUUCCCGCCACGGCGUAAACCAACUCCUCAGCAUGGUUAAUGGGCGACCUCGGAGGUCGGCGGCGAGACCUCCUCUCGGGGAUGAGCCAUCGUCGUCGCCGAUAAGGGCGUCUCCCGAGGAGGAGCCAUCGUCACCAACUGCGCAGCCUGUUGAUGAUGAGGCCCUCAUCAAUGCGCCGCCUGAGUCUUCCUCCGACGAGGACAACGACGACGCGAGCCGCUCCGUCUCUACCAAAGGGGAUAUCAAGGGCUCGCUUUUUAGCUCACAGAAGCCGAGGCCUCGAAAAGAGCAACAGGCGAGCAGCACUACGAGCGCCGCAGAAACCACAAGCGCCAAAGCACGGAGCGAACAAGGGUUGCGAAAGAGCCCAGAGAGAGCAUCCCGUCGCUUGUCUUCCAAAGCCAAAAACGAUCAGAAGGCCGGAGUUGACGUGUCUGACGACGAGAUUGAUGCUGUGGAUCAACCCACAAAGAGGCCAGAAAAAAGCAGGACCAAGUCGGAAUUAGGUGCCCACCUUGAGGCACAAAUAUUUGUCAGGUCCUCCAAGAAAUACACAGCGCCGAGGACAAAACAACCCCAAGCCAAGAAGAGACCGGGCGGCGAUGAGGAGCCACCGCGCAAGCCGAAAGUGAGGCCACCCAAAAGGCCAAACGGCUCGGUCGUGGAUGCGGCCGCGGGUCCCGCAACCAAAAGGCCCCGGUUUAUCAUGCCAGUCGACAGCGAGGCCCCAGACACUCCCGCUGGUACUCGAUUCAAGGCAUUUGACUCGGUAAUCAGUCCGCCUUCUGGUGACAGCAAAAAGCCGUCCUUCAAGGGGAGACCCGUAACAGAUUCGCCGUUACGAGGUGGCGCGAAGUUCAAGAUGCUAGAUCUCGACACUGAGGACGACAAGAGCCCAACCAGCCGCCAAAAAGAGCCCCUGGCUAAGAGUCGGGGUCGAGCCCUAUCGGUGUCCAGCUCGUCUUCAUCACUCACUGAGCUCGAGUCCGUGCAGUCGGAUGGACCCGAUCUGUGUCCUAUGUGUGACGCCCCCAUCGACGCUGACCUCCUCGACGGACUCACAGCAAUCACGAUGAGCAUAGCGAAGCAGCAGAAGAUAUGUCAGCUGCACAAACGGCGUGAGGCAAAUGCGCAAUGGAAGGAGAAGGGAUACCCGACCAUCGACUGGGAUUUGCUAGAGAGCCGGUUCGAGCGGCAGCACGACCACCUGGACAAGGUUCUCAGGGCGGAAGUGGACUCUCACUACCGCGACGUGUACUCGCGCAGGGUCGAUUCGGGCAAGGGCCGGACGCUGCUGACGUCGGAAAAGGAGGCCGGGGGCAGCCUGACACCGGGCUACUACGGCUUUCGUGGGGCGCGGCUGAUGUCGGAGUGGCUAAUCCGCCGCUUCUCAGCAUCGCUGAGGAAGAGGGCGGUCAAGGACCGCCUUGUGGCGGCGCGCGGCCACACGACGUACGUGCAAUCGGUGCUGGUUCCCGAGCUCGCGGCUCGGCUCGUUGCGGAGGAUCUGAAAAUCAAGCCCGAGGCCGCGCGGGACGUGCUCCGCGAAAGCGCCCGGCUCGGUGAGCUUGUUCACGAGGAGUUGAGGGACGUUGUCCGGAACGAGCCGAGCGAUGGCGAAGAUGGCUUUUAGACGAGGCGGGAGAUGUAUGGGCGAGGUGGAACUCGACACUACUGGCAUUCGAGGUUUAUUAUCUCUAUGAUACCUGUGCAUUGCCCUCCCUUUUCUUCACCCCGAGAGUCUAUGUGGAACUGGAACGAGCGUUUGCCCCUCUCUUGGGGAUUCUUCCGCGCCUUCACACUGCCACAUCCAUGAACAUACCUGGCUUAUUGCUCACUGGCCAAGGCUACUAGCGAGACACAAGGACUACUAUCUGUCUCCUGAUCUAGGUAGCUUUUACGCGACGAACGAUUCGACUCUUGCGUGGUGGUUUAUCAAUGUCCCAAGAAGCUAAUAGCACGCGACCAACGAGAGGACGAAAGCCCCUGUCAGGGGUCUAGGCCCUCUGUCCCCCUCAGCGACCAACAGGGGGUGACCCCUUUCCUCGCCCCGAACUGCUGUCGCAGGAACUUUUGUCAGCCUUUUCAGACGCAUGCCUCCCACACGUGGGGAGAGGCUGUGUUCGGCCGUCAGCCUGCCGAAAUACUGCCACUCCUUGAUGCCGCACGACCUUCAGAUGGGCGAUCUCUGUGCAUUUUGUAACCUAUUCGGGAAGCCCUGCGGCCGCCAAAAUGCCGGCUUACCGAUCAUCGCUGCGUGUAACUCGCCCCGGGUGAUCGGUAGGUGACUGCCGAGCGGACUGUAACAGGAGAUCAAGUCUCCCACCCCUGCGAGCAAAACACCCAUUGCGUCGGCUUUUGGGACAAGGAACCCCACCCCUUAUUGUUUUUCUCCCCUCCGUUUUCUCUUCAUUGUCCUCUCCCCCUGUAGGGAUUUUGUUUAUAUCAGAGAGUCUCUUAUCAAACAUGGGUGCUCCCGCACUCCGCCAAUGUCAUUGUCAACACCGUAGUACCCACGACUUCCCGUUGCCGGGUUGGUCUGCCGAUCACGGUCCGCGAGGCCGAGACCGCACCCUAGCGGCGACUCGAGCGCUGGGGUGAAAAAGGGAGGGAGGGGGAAAGGAGGAUGAGCAUGGG